AUGAGUUUAGAAAAUGAUGAUAAGAGAGCACGCACGCGAUCCAAGUCUAUCCGAGUGCCCACGGAGCUCAUCGGCCAGGAGGUGAGCUGUCCAACCCCAGGCUGUAACGGCUCAGGACACAUCCGUGGGAAGUAUGCGAGACACAGAAGUUUACAAAGCUGCCCUCUAGCCAAGAAGAGGAAACUUCAGGAUGCUGAGGCCGAACAUCUGGUAUCCAAGAGGAAAUCCCAUCCACUCAAACUGGCCUUGGAUGAAGGCUACAACGUCGACAGCGAUGGCAGUGAGGAGGCCGAGGCCAAGGAGGAGUCGGGCUCCGACGAGUCGGAGGGGAUGCUGGAGGAGGAUGAGGUGGAAGCGAUGGAGCAGGAGGAGACCCGCAGCCCCAAGGCAGCAGAAGGUAGAAGCCCAGCAAAAUCAACCCACUAUGGACAAAACACAGCAACAAAUACAUCUGGGCCCAGCAAGGCCAACUACAGCAGCUACCAAGAAAUAAUCGCCAACUCUCUCCUAAACUUAGGCCAAAUAGCAGAGGAAACCCUCGCCAUCGAAGGGCAGCUGCCUGAAGCGGAGCUGCAGGGCUCCAAGCCGGUAUCCAACGUCGUGCACUUGGUCCAUGAGGAUGCAGGAGAGGAGUUGGUGGAGGAGGAGUGCGACAAGGAGAUCAUCAUCCAGACGGAGGACGCGGAGGAGGUCAUCGAGGUCACCAGCGAGCGCAGCAGCGAGUUGUGUCCGGAGCCCCGGGACGAGACGAACGGAGAGGAGUCCUGCAAACUGGAAAAGGCUGAAGCAGAAGAAGAGGAUGAGGAGGAUGAUGAUGAAGAGGAUGAUGAUGAUGAGGAAGAGGAGGAAGAGGAUGAGGAGGAGGAGGAAGAGGAAGAAGAGGAGGAGGAAGAGGAGGAGGAGAUGGCUCCUGAAGUGAUCUGCGAGGAAGCUCCUCACACUUCUCAGGACCCCCAGAAAAGCCACUGUGAGGGGCAGUUCAGCCCCAAGCCCGAGUACUCGGUCAUCGUGGAGGUCCGGUCGGAUGACGACAAGGACGACGAUGCCCGCUCCCAGAAAUCAGCCGUGACUGAUGAGUCGGAGAUGUACGACAUGAUGACCAGGGGCAACCUGGGGCUGCUGGAACAAGCCAUUGCCCUGAAAGCCGAGCAGGUGAAAAUCGUGCGGGAGCCCAGCCGGCUGCCAGGAGAGCACGUGAAGCACUUCCAGGUGGAGGACAAACAGAACAAACCGCUGGACAGCAUCCGGAAGAGCUACUACGGCAAAGAUCCUUCAAGACCCGAGAAGCGAGAAAUCAAAUGUCCAACCCCUGGCUGCGAUGGGACUGGACACGUCACGGGACUUUACCCCCACCAUCGCAGCCUCUCCGGUUGUCCGCACAAAGACAGGAUCCCCCCCGAGAUCCUGGCGAUGCACGAGAACGUGUUGAAGUGCCCCACGCCCGGGUGCACAGGACAGGGUCACGUCAACAGCAACCGCAACACGCACAGGAGUUUAUCUGGGUGCCCCAUUGCUGCUGCUGAGAAAUUAGCCAAAUCACAUGAAAAGCAACAAACCCAGUCUGGUGAUCCUGCGAAGACCAGCUCCAAUUCUGACCGGAUACUCAGGCCUAUGUGCUUUGUGAAGCAACUGGAGAUCCCUCAGUAUGGAAGCUACAGGCCCAACAUGGUCCCAGCAACCCCUCGGGCCAACUUGGCCAAGGAGCUGGAGAAGUACUCCAAGGUCACCUUCGAUUAUGCAAGUUUUGAUGCUCAGGUUUUUGGCAAACGCAUGCUUGCCCCAAAGAUUCAGACUAGCGAAACCUCACCUAAAGCCUUUAAAUGCUUCGACUACUCCCACGACGCUGAGGCUGCGCACAUGGCGGCCACCGCCAUCCUCAACCUCUCCACCCGCUGCUGGGAGAUGCCCGAGAAUCUCAGCACCAAGCAGCAAGAGGCCCCUGGCAAGUCCAUGGACAUUGAGGUGGAUGAAAAUGGAACUCUGGACUUGAGUAUGAACAAACACCGCAAACGGGAGAGCACCUUCCCCAGCAGCAGCAGCUGCAGCAGUAGUCCCAGCAUGAAGUCCCCAGACGUCUCCCAGCGCCAAAACAGCACCAGUGCCACGAGCAGCACCAUGACCUCCCCCCAGUCCAGCCAGACCUCCCGCCAGGAUGAAUGGGAUGGGCCCAUUGACUACACUAAACCAAACCGUCAGCGGGAAGAGGAGCCAGAGGAGUCAGAGCCUGCUGCUCACUCUUUUGCCUCCUCGGAAGCUGAUGAGCAAGAAGUGUCAGAGGAGAACUUUGAAGAGAGAAAAUACCCAGGUGAAGUUACUUUAACCAACUUCAAGCUGAAAUUCCUCUCCAAGGACAUCAAGAAAGAGCUGCUCACUUGCCCAACCCCAGGCUGUGAUGGCAGUGGACACAUAACGGGGAACUAUGCCUCUCACCGCAGCCUUUCUGGUUGUCCUCUUGCUGACAAGAGCCUCAGAAACCUCAUGGCUGCCCACUCUGCUGACCUCAAGUGCCCUACUCCUGGUUGUGAUGGCUCUGGUCACAUAACAGGAAAUUAUGCAUCACAUAGAAGUCUGUCAGGCUGCCCUCGUGCCAAGAAAAGUGGGAUCAAGAUCACCCCGACAAAGGAUGAUAAAGAGGACCCAGAGCUGAUGAAGUGUCCUGUUCCGGGCUGCGUCGGGCUGGGACACAUCAGCGGCAAGUACGCGUCUCACCGGAGCGCCUCCGGGUGCCCGCUGGCAGCCCGCAGGCAGAAGGAAGGAUCGCUCAACGGCUCCUCGUUCUCCUGGAAGUCCUUGAAGAACGAAGGCCCAACCUGCCCCACCCCAGGCUGUGACGGCUCUGGCCACGCCAACGGGAGCUUCCUCACUCACAGAAGUUUGUCAGGGUGUCCAAGAGCUACUUUUGCUGGGAAGAAAGGAAAACUCUCAGGGGAUGAAAUUCUCAACACAAAGUUCAAGACUAGUGAUGUUUUGGAGAACGAUGAGGAGAUCAAGCAGCUGAACAAGGAGAUCAGUGAGCUGAACGAGUCCAACUCAGAGAUGGAAGCAGCCAUGGUGAAACUUCAGUCCCAGAUCUCCACCAUGGAGAAGAACCUGAAGAACAUUGAGGAGGAAAACAAAAUCAUAGAGGAGCAAAACGAAGCCCUGUUCCUGGAGCUCUCAGGGUUGAGCCAGGCUCUCAUCCAAAGUCUUGCCAACAUCCGCCUUCCGCACAUGGAUCCAAUUAGUGAGCAGAACUUUGAUGCCUAUGUGAACACACUGACAGACAUGUACACCAACCAGGAGUGCUACCAGAACCCGGAGAACAAGGACCUGCUGGAGAGCAUCAAGCAAGCUGUCAAGGGCAUCCAAGUGUAGUGCCAUGAGGAUGGAGAGCAGCAAGCAAACAGACUGUAAGAUGGAACUUCCCCUCCAAGUAUUCAGGUUUACAAGUUAGAAAACUUGUUUAAUGAAUGAAAAAAAAGAAAAAAAAAAAAAGGACCAAAAUGUAACCAAGAGGCCAUUUCUGAGACAUGGAACUGAUCAAACUCAAUGUUCUCGUUUACUUAACUUUGGACCUUCUUGAGAAAAGUGGGAUUUUUUUCCACCUUGACCACGAGGUAGAUGAGGAUGGAAGGGUAAAUUCUCCAGUAGGCUGUGGGGCUUGGUAGCAGGUGAAGAGCAGGCAUCUUCCAUGAGUUGCUUGUUCUUGCAGAAUAGAUCCAAGGGUUAAAAUGUUACAAGAACAGGGUCUUGUCUGAUCCAAGACUAGUGUAUGACUGGCUUAAACCCUCAUGUUGUCUAUGGUCGUAUGUCCAGAUCACCUACUCACACAUGAGUUAUAUUCUAUGUUGCUACAAGUGCUGGAGCUGCAAGCUACCUGUAAAUCUGAACCUAUGCUGGGCCUCCCAACCCCGAAGUGUUCAGAUAUCCACUGGGCAUGGGAACUCUGAAGUAUUAUAAAGUAGCUUAUUUUUAUUUUCGGAAAGAAAUCUGAAGAGCAGUUCUGGAUCUCCAGUGGAAAGCGCAAUGGAAAAAAGGUUCUCAGGGAAGCUUUUGGAGUUUGCAACUACAGUAUUCCUUUGUCUGUCUUAAAUAUGAAAGUAGCUAUUAUGAAUAGGCCAAUUCCAGAUAUUUCAAACAGAAGAAUUUCUUUAAUGUGUCAUGGUCCGGUGUAUAUGAUUUUUUGGAAAUCUGUUUGAUGACAGUUCUGGUUCUUUUCAUUGUUGUGAUCAUCCCUACAGUGGCGCAGUACUGCCAGUCCAGAGAUCAUACAUCAAUGCCAGAGAACGGUUGAGAUUGAGGUGAACAAAACAAAACAAAUCAAAUCAAAAAGAAGCAAAAACCAACAAAAAGAGAGAUGUUAAUUGAUGGCCAGAAAAGUGCUUACGUAGCGUGAACCAGGAGUUGAUUUCUUACACGUAUCCACAGGGCAAUGAGGAUGGUUAGGUUUGUUGUUCUAGGAUUUGCGCGAAAUCACAGAACCAGCACCAUUCUGCAGCAAAAAAAUGGGAAAAAAGGAAAAAUAAAAGAGGAUGCAGGUACUGGGAAUUCUUCCAAAGAAGCAGUUCUAAGCAGCUGGGUACAUGCAGCCCUCUGUGUGCACUUAGAGAACAACUCUAUGAAUGUCUUUGGGGCGCUGCUCUGCAGCACUGCUCCAUGGCCAGGGCCGGCUGUCACCCCACAGACUGCUCCCCACCUUUGCUCCCAUCUGGAGCUCAGUUCCUUCUCCAAAUGCUUCAGUGGGGCAGAACCCCCUGAGGGGCCCCAGUGUGGGGGCUUCCCAUAUCCCACAUCCCAUAUCCUGCAUCACUCCCGGCCAUGGGGCAGGCAGAGCUGUGGAGGAUCUUGCUGACCCCAACAAAAGGCAAGAGUGUGGUGUCAUUUUGAGCCAAAUCCUGCAGAUAUUUAGGGUAUAAUUCUCGAUUUGGGGAAGUCAGUGGAAAGUCCCAGUGGCUACCAUGGCCACUGGAUCUGGCCUGGAAGGCCAUGAGUGGCUUGAUUGGAGUUGUUCCCUGUGUUAAGUUCCAUAGGGCAGUUGGCCUGGGUGGGCUUGCUCCCAUACUUAAGUGUUUUCAGGAUCAGACUCCAGGAGUUCACUUAUUUUAGAACCCAUUCCAAGUGCAAAAAUGCAAAAAAAAAAAAAAAAAAAAAGGGAAAAAAAAGUAUAAAAUUUGAGGUGUUAAAAACACAAUGUUCUUAACAUGUAAAUAGAGUCCAAAUUGAUUGUGACUGCAAUUCAGUUAGUAUUUAAAAGUAGAGAAAUUGCACUUAUUGGAAGAAAGAGAAGAAAAAAAAAGUAGUUAGUUUAAUUAUGCUGUAAAUUAUUUAAUUUUGGCAAGAUGUAUGUAAUUUAUAUUUACAACACCUUAUGUUAACUUUUUGCUAUUUAUUUAACUUUUUUAUUUAUUAAUUUUAUACUUAUUUUAAACUGGACACUGCACCAUAGAAAUGAAGAUAAAAGAAGCAAAAAAAGUUAAAAAUUAAAACUUUUGACCGUAAAAAAAUGAUAUUCCAAAAAAAAGAGAAAAAAAAUAAAAAACCCCUAUCUACAACUCCUACUUGUAAUUUUGAUGCAACCAAGUUAUUUUUUAUAUAUUUUGUUAUUUAUUCUUUUAAUGAUGGGAAUUUUUUUAAAGAUAUUUUAUAACUGAGACAUUUUGAUAAUUUUUUGGUUUGUUUUUUGGUGGGGGCAGGGGCACUGGGGGGAAGAGAGACUUUUUCAGUUUUUCUUUUUUUUUUUCAUUCAUAUUGUUUCAGGCACUGAUAACAGGAAAUGAAAAUUCUGUAUUUAUUAUUUAUUUAAUAUUUAAGUCGGGAAAAAAAAUGAACUGUGCUCUUGUUGUAUAUUUAUUUUGUUGUUUGUGUGUUGGUUAUGUGACGACUGAGUACUUGUUUAUGUGAAGGAAUACUGUUAAUAUUUAAAUAAUAAAGAGUCACAUUGAAAGUUAUAGCAGGCUACAUGUUAUUCUGUGAAAAACGAAUACUGUGAUCUACUUUCCUCAGGAAAUGUAUUUUGCAGACAGAACUUCCUUAUGUACUGGCAGGGUUAUUUCAUAAUAAAACCCAGUUCUGU